AUCACGUCAUUGUUUCCUCAGAGGCUCAUUAGACUGAAGCAGGUAUUUAGACGUCAAAUAAACAGUUUGUUUAACGAGGAUUAAGCUGACCCUAUUCACCCCAAGAACCAUGGAGAACUUGUGGAAGGCGGCGAUUGUCCUGAGCGCCUUCAUCGCAGCAGCUCAGUGUCUGACCUGUCGUCAGUGUCCUCUCGGAGUGUUCGGGACGUGUCUGUUUGGAAGUGACGUAACCUGCAAUAACGCCACCGAGCGCUGCUACACCGGAGAAGCUCAGUUCAACGCCACCGGCCCUCUCAGCCUUCACACUCGCGGCUGCCUGGACUCGGAUCUCUGUGGGGCGACUCUGACCGGGACGAUCCUGGGAGCCGGAUACACCAGCAGCUUCGUGUGCUGCAACACAACUCUGUGUAACGGAGCCACAACCGUCCAGCUUCCUCUGACGGUUGCCCUCUGCACCGCCAUCUUGUCCUCUAUGUGGGGAUUCUGGGAGAUGUAGUCCUACAAGUUUUCCAAGUUGAUUAUUUACAUUUGCACCGAUUUAAGUAUUUCCCACGACUAAUUUUAUUAAAUGAUCGUUUUAAUGAAACUCAAUCAAUAAAAUCAUCACAAUGA